AUGGGUAUACUCUUGACCUCACUAUUGCUGAUUCUAGCUUUCACAAUAUGGUAUCUAUCUGCUCUGCCAAGUAAUUAUCGUGCUGCGAAAAAUUCCGGCUUGCCUAUAAAAUUUGGCUUAUGGGGUUCGGCAAAUCCAUUAUGGCUUAUCAUUUGUGCAACUGUCGGUUAUUCGAGUCUAUCAAAAGUUUUGCCUCAAUUCAUCUUCGAUAGGGUUAAGAUAACAAUCCCCGCAUGGGAACAUUAUUGCAAGUAUUUUGUCCAUGAAAAAUGGGGUAAUACAUUUAUUCUUGUUACACCUGGGAAAAACACAGUCUAUGUCGGAGACGCUGAAGUAGCUGAGGAGGCUUUAACAAGAAGAAAAGAUUUUGCCAAAAAUGAAAUUGCUCUCCGGGUAAUGGAUGUGUGGGGGCCAAAUAUAAGUGCUUCAGAAGGAGAAGAUUGGCAAAGACAUCGAAGAAUUGUAGCGCCUGCUUUGAAUGAGCGAAUCAUGAAAGAAGUUUGGAAUGAAUCUCUAACACAAACUCGAGAUAUGGUUUCUACAUUGUCAAAGCCAUCUAUAAACGAUGAAUCAAGCUCAACCAACAUCACAUUCGAAGGCUUGAGGACUAUCACUAUCAAUGUGAUUACAUUCGUUUGCUUUGGCACCCGUCAAUCUUGGGGGGAAGCUGUGAACGCGAAAACACCCCCAGAAGGAUUUGAAACAACAUUCAUAUCGUGUUUAUUGACUAUUGUACACAAUCUAUUUGCUACGGUGUUCAUACCUACGAAAUACUUAACUUUAAAGUACAUGCCGACUGCCGUACAGAAAAUGGGUAUUGCCAAAGCCGAGUUUCCCCUUCACCUGAACCAAAGCAUAGCCAAAGAAAGACGUUCUCCGAGUUCUCAGAAUUCUCUCCUCACUUCCCUGGUGAGAAUUGCCGAUCAGAGUAAGGAUCUUUCACGCUCAAAGACGUCGACUUAUUUAUCAAAUGAAGACGUUACUGGAAAUUUAUUCGCUAUGACCAUCGGAGGAUUCGAUACCACGGCAAAUACCCUCUCGUAUGCUGUCAUGUGUCUAGCACUUUAUCCAGAAUUGCAAAAUUGGAUCAUCGCCGAGAUCGACGAAGUCGAAAAGUUGUAUCCCGACUCCGAGUACUCUACCACCUUUCCUCUUCUUACUCGCUCUCUAGCACUAAUGUACGAAACGCUCCGUCUAUAUACGUUAGUCCCUACUAUAUCCCGCCGAACACCACAAGCACAAACCAUCAAAAACAUCAACUUUUCUCCCGAAACAGAAGUGCUGCUCAACACCACCGUAAUCCACACUUUACCCUCAAUAUGGGGUGCAGAUUCAUUAGAUUACCGGCCCUCGCGCUGGAUCGAAACGUCUCCCACUUCAAAUAAAGAAACUUUUCGAGAACCUCCCAAGGGCACAUUUCUUGCUUGGUCCCAUGGCCCUCGCUAUUGCCCCGGUAUGAAAAUGUCACAAGUUGAAUUUGUCGGCGUACUGUAUGAAAUAUUCCGGAAGUGGAAUGUGGAGAUUGUGAAGAGAGAGGGGGAGACAGAGGAGGAUGCGAGGAGGAGGUUGAUGGAAAUUUUGGAGGAUAGUUCGCCGAAAUUGACGUUGCAGGUUAAUAGGCCGCAGGAUGUGGUUUUCAAAUACCUUUUCGACAAAGCUGAAAUCGGAGAGAACAUCUCAACUGCUGCGUUUGCUGCCCAACAUUUUGAGAGGGAAAGAAGGCCCCUUCGAAUUGCAGUCGAUGUUUCUAUCUGGAAGUUUAAGUGUUAUUUAGAUAAAAAGGAAGUGGAAGCCAUUCGUAAAAAGGUCCCACCUGCGAACCCAAACGAGAAGAACAUUUUCUACAAGAUUUUGAAACUUCUUAAGUUGAAUAUCCAAUUGAUUUUUGUCGCGGACGGCAGUAAUCGACCAAAAGAGAAAUAUGGUGGGCAAUCGCCAUGGUACAAAUAUCUUUCACAGGAUGACAAACUCCUCAAAAAGACAGUGACUUCCCUAGGCGUAACAUGGCAUGAAGCACCCGGUGAAGCCGAGGCUGAGUGUGCGGCUUUGCAAAGCCGUGGGGUGGUUGAUGCCGUCUGGACAGAAGACUCGGAUGCUUUCAUGUUCGGGUGCACAUCUCUAAUACGCUUCUGCCAUGUUAAGAAACCCAAAGUAAAGAGGCCUGGAAACAAUCAAGAUUGGGUCAACGAAUCUGAUGAGACAAGGCGAGAAGUUGACCUCGACAACAUCAUUGUUUAUCGAGCAGAUAAAAUACAAAAACAAUUUCCAGGCUUGACUCGAGAUGGUCUUGUGUUAUUCGCUGUCUUGAAGGGGGGUGAUUACAGCAAAGACGGCAAAAGUCUUACAAACUGUGGCGCUACUCUAGCGUUACAAAUAGCGACUGCGAAGGAAGCUUUUGGCGAAGACCUUUGCAGCGCAUCUCACGCGCGAUUUCCAACUUGGAGAAACAGACUUCGCGAAUAUCUCACAAGCAUCAACAAACGAAUCGACGUACCAGAUAACUUUCCGGACACUCGCAUUGUUGGGCUUUAUAACAAGCCUUUAGUCUCAUCCGAGAGAAUUAUGAGCGAUAUUGGAAAGUUUUGGAACCCCUCUUUUGACGAGAUGGAGUUACAAAGAUUCAUCGCUCCGAUAUUCAAUUUUUGGGUAGCUGAAUACAUCAAGUAUAUCAUACCCAUCCUUCUCGUCCGUUCUCUUGCAUCUACACAGCCAGGGCAAGAAGCGAGUAACAACUGCUAUAAACUUAAUGUCAUUACCAAGAAGAAAUCGCCCGUCCUACAGAAGAAUGUAGAGGUGCUACUAUCUGCGGUAACAUUCAUGGACGUACAAGCUUGGAGACAUGAGUUUACGAAUCAAGGUCGGAGCGGGAAAGUAGCACCAGUCACUGAGAUGGUCAAGUGUGAGGACUUGCUGGCGUGUAUUAUUGAACAUGGGACUAAACAAGCUCUUCCACCAGCUACACCAUCCUCUGAGCGCAAUGAAAUUGUGGUGUCUCCCGAGAUAAUUUCCAAAGGUAAAAAACGUGCUGGGUCGCCAAUAGCUCCGACCAACACUGUUUCUUCGCUGCAUCAACAGCCACCACCAAAGAGGGCUAAAAGUACAUCAGAGCAGAUAUCAGAACCUAGGUCAGUUGCCAAAGCUUCUACAGAAUCUGCAUCCACACACUCUCAAGUUUCACAUCAAGCUCGAAGUAUUUCUUCGUCUACCAAGGAGAAUCCAACACGUAAGUUGCCAGAAUUGGAUAGAAGUCUGAAACACCCUCAACUGAGAGAUACAAACAAGUCUUCGGGUACAACCAUCGACCUCACACUCGAUGACUCCUCGGACGAAGAGAAUCAGACACCCACUGCCAGUGCUCGCAAUCACAUCUUUACCCCAAUCUCAUCACAAAAUUCACAACUAGAUACCAUCCGUGAAGCUCGACUUAGGCAUUUCGGCUCGGAUAUUUCUAAGCCAGCAUCUACACCAGCAGCUCAAAAGCCCAUUCAUAGCGCAUCGUCAAAUGCACACAGAAUCUCCAAAGUCUCACUACUCGCUAACAAACCUCUUCCUCCGGAAAUUGUUAAUCUUGCCGAAUUUGCAACCCAACAUUUCGAGCAAUAUAAAAGACCAUUGAGAAUAGCGGUUGAUGAGGCAACUUGGAGACAUAAAUUAUAUAUUAGUAACAAAGCGAAACUUUGUCAAGAAUAUUCCAAUCUCCAUCUCAACGAACGAAAUCUUAUAUCUGUCGUUCUACGGCUCUUGAAGCUAAACAUCCAGCUGGUUUUCGUAGCAGAUGGUCCUCACAAGCCUGGUGAGAAAUAUGGCGCCAAAGGAUGUGGAGUGUGGAAGUAUAAAAGCGAAGUUUUGCAAGACUGUUUGAGACUUCUAGGAGUGAAGUGGCAUGAGGCGCCUGGGGAGGCAGAAGCGGAAUGUGCGGUGUUGCAGAGGAGAGGGAUGGUGGAUUGCGUUUGGACGGAGGAUGGUGAUGCGUUGAUGUUUGGGUGUGGGGUUUUGAUGAGGUUUUGUUAUAGUGAUGAAGGGGAGGAGAACGGAGAGAAGAAGGAAAGGGGGAAAGGUCAUGGAGGGUGGACAGUGAAGAGGAGUGGGAUGAAAGAUUUGGAUAAGGUGGUGCUUUAUAGAGCGAGUAUUAUUCAAAGUAAACAUCCGGGGUUUGAUAGAGAGGGUUGGUUACUUUUUGUGUUGUUGAGGGGAGGGGACUAUGGGAAGGGAUUGCAUGGUUGUGGAGUAUGGAAGGCAAGUAAGGCUGUUGAAUUGGGAUUUGCAAAGGAACUUUUUGAGGUGAUGAAAACAUCAGAGGAUCUUGAGAUUUGGAGAACUAAAUUGCGGAAACAUUUUGUGGGUUCGAAUACAGGAGUUAGUGUUCCUUGGAAUUUUCCGGAUGAAAGAAUUUUAGGUCUCUAUAAGUCACCUGGUAUUUCUUCCGUUGAGAGACUGGAAAAACUGGAGGAGAAUGUAUGGAGUGGGAGGAUUGAUGAGAGGAAACUACAACCCUUUUUGUUGGAAAAGUUUGAUUGGGGGAUCAAUAAAUAUCUCGACUACAUCGUCCCAAUCAUCCUCACACGGUCUCUAGCUUCCUUUGACCGGAAUGGAGAAUCGAACAUUGACGAGUAUAAUCUCAUAUAUAUGGAGUCUGGAUCAACAUGUAAUGUGUGGUUUUCAUUAUACGCCGUCACAUCUCUUGGAAAGGAGUGGGUGGACAGGUGCGUUGAGGAUUUAAACAAAAAGCGUCCGAAGAGAUGGAAACGCUAUGAAAUACCAUGGGGAGAUGGACCGAUGGGUGAGGGUAAGGGAUUAUUGACAUGUGUUGUCAAGCAUGCAAUGGAACCAGAGAUUUCUCUGGUAUCUGAUGCUAAGACUGAACUCGAACAGUCUAUUCUCAAAAACAGAAGACGAUCUUUUUCACCACAUAGAAUGGUUCUUGAAGACCGGACACGAAUAAAGAAACCUCGAAUUUCGAUUUCGCCUCCACCAACACGAAAACCUCAAGAUCGAUUCGCGGUAACGAAAGAAGAGAUAUCGUUUGAUGUUUCUUUGUAUGAAGAUUCAGACGAUGAUUUAUUUGUUGAAUCUAUAGAAAAAGGCUCAAAGCCUUCGAGCCUACCACAGUUUAGCUCACGAUCGAUUAUUCUCGACGAUGAGGAAAGGCAGCAGGGUUAUAAUGCAAGUACCGAGAUGAAAUCAAAUUCAUCCAAACCUCUCAAGUCAACUGGAAGCCCUGUCUACAGGGUCAUAUCACCAUCACACACGAGAUAUAAAUCUCAAUCAGCUCACAACUCUUCCACAAAUCUUCUCUCCGGCUCCAAACACAACGCUACACCUCUUCUCUCGGCAACCCAAUCCAUCCCCAUAGAUGAAGAAUAUACAAACACAUUCCACAUCGCCAUGGACGAACCCCUAGACUCAGACUUAGACUCUGAAUUUGAAUUUCCAGACAGUUCAUUUCCUCAAAUCAAAAUCCCACCACCUCAUCCAAUCGACUACCAAACCUCUCACUCCCACUCCCACAUCAUCCCCAAUUCGCAACCGACCCUCAGCCCCCUCAACCCCCUUCCCACGCGCUACUCAUCCACCAACAACCUCGCCACCAAUCUCGAAAACGACUCCACAAACGACACAUUCACAAUCGCCAUGGACGAACCCCUCGAAUUCGAUCUCGAUUCCGAAACCGAGCCUCCGCACAUCGCACCCCGCACUUCCUCAAUCCCAGUUCCGCACCCCAACACAGCGUGCCCAAACCUCUUGGAUCCCAACCCCAACAGCAAUAAAUGGAUCUCUCCACCCCAUCCUCAUCCUCAUCCAAAUCCCAACAUCCUUCUCUAUCCUUCCCAUCCCACAGGUCCUUAUCAAGAACUCGACAUUUCGUCUUUUUUCUCUUCUUCGCUAUCGCAAUCACAAUCUCACCCUCAAACCCAACCUCCCCUCCCUUCCAACUAUACACCUACCCCGAAGACAUCAAAAAUUGAUUCUCAAUCUCAAUCACAAUCACAAUCUCAAAUGUAUACCAACAUCGAUACCAAUAUCGAAACAGGAACAGAACCAGAACCAGAAAUCGAUUUGUCCGGAUUUUUCUCUUCUUCCGGUUCUUCGCUGGGGGAUCUGAUUUUUUAA